CAGCGCGCGGCGUUCGCUUGUAAAUCACUCGGACUACCGAGCGUCGAACGUCCCGCGCGUAUGUACUCGUCGCAAAAAAUAGACGCACAUUUAAUGUUGCCCAGAAUAAUUCGAUAAUAGACAUCGACACUGACCGAGCGACGCCGCUGUGGACUCGACGGACCGACGCGCGCGCCAUCUGAUAAAGUUGUGAGGCUGAGAAGAUAUGCCGCUCUACCAGCGACCGGCAUUUUGGCGCGUGCCACAUCAGCGCCCAGACCCUGAUGAUGAACCCAGGCGUUCUAGACGGGUAACGCCCGGCACGCCGGCCGGCCGCGAGUUGGCUAGAGGAGACAUCAUAGCGAAGAUCGACCACUACGAUGCGCGAGACUUGCGCCACGAAGAUGCGCAGAAUCUAUUCAAAAACGCCCCUAACCAAAUUAAACUUGUAGUGCAAAGGGGCAGACCAAGUAGUCAUCUGUACACAUUGCCACGUUCAAGUUCGUACAGCUUCGCAGGACGUAUCCCCACGCCAACCUUCUAUCGACUAUACGAGGAAGCGGACCAUGAGGGUCCUCGUGCGCAGCUAGCAGUUCGCCCUCCCGCACAGAAUGCUGUCCCACCACCCUUCAGGACACCUAGCCCACUUCCAUCGCCAUGGCGCGGUCCGGAGUCCCUGCCACGGAGCACGCCGGUGCCAACGCAACAGUUCCCUCACCAAUUCCAGCAGCAAGUCGACGGGGAGUACAGAACAUUGCUGAUCUCGCCCUCUGGGAAUCGCAACGACGAAGUCGUCGAUGAAUCUAUUAACAGCCAGCCCUACCGCACAACCCCGCUGGUGCUGCCGGGCGCGAAGGUUCGCCGCGAGCCGGGGCCCACGGAGAGCUACCUGCGCCACCACCCCAACCCGGCCAUGCGCGCGCCGCCGCACCACGACUACCGCGACACACUCAUGAAGCAAAAGGUGGCUGAAUCGGUGUUGCAGCGAGUCGGUGAAGACACUAAUAAGGUGGUACACAAGCAAUUCAACUCCCCCAUCAAUCUGUAUUCGGACCAAAACAUUGCCAAUUCGAUAAGACAGCAGACUUCGCCUCUGCCCUCUAACGGCUAUUACGGACGGCCGUCGCACGUUCUCAAGAGCCACAAGCCCACAGUGCUGUACGACCCCGCCAAGUCCGAGACGUACCGCGCGCUGCAGGAGGGCGCCACCGAGCCCGCGCACGAGGUCGCCGAGCCACCGCAGACCAAGGUCUUCUCGGCGCCCGCCGCCAAGCCAAAGCCAGCGCCUCCACCCAAACAACAGGAGGCACCAAAAGGAAAACAGACGACCUUCGUGAACUCGCUCCAGGAGGAGCACAUCCAGCAGUCGCACUCCUUCAAGCGCCUCAUGUACAACGUUCUCGGCAACUCGGAAUUCUAGUAUUAGACAAAAUCUAAGCCUGCAGAACGCCUUUUCUACGUGCAAGCGACGUGCACGUCUCUAGAGCGUGCUAUAAUUGCGUCGUAGAUUUAUAUAUCGUAUGAAUCUAAUAUACUCACAGUUGGAAUGCCCUUCUGAUAUCCGUUUUUUUACUUCAUUAACAAAGUUAAGAAAAUAACUACCUUAGGCUGGAAUUUCCAAGUAUAGUGCCACAAACUUUUCUGACCCGGUGACCAAAAUUGGAAAUAACGUCGCAGCGCGCAGUUUUUGAUGUGUUGUUUACAGUAAAUUUUAUUAAUAUUUUCGUUUUGUAGUUUUAUCUGCAUAAAUAAUGCCUAAAAUAAUAAUGCGCAAAACUUUAUAUACCUAUGUCCUAAAAGUGCGAUAACGGCGACACCCUCACCGGGCCCGGGGCAUUACCCAUGGCACAUCGAUUCUCUUCCUACAAACGUAAACGUAAACGAAACUUACAAAAUUUAUGGGAAUGACAGAUCCGAUCGAUAACCUGAUCACGUGACCUGUGGAUAGUUAGUCAUUCCCAUACAUUUUUUUUUUUUUUUUAGCAUUAGCGUUUGUAGAAAGAGAUUCGACGUGCCACAUGGCUAUGGACCCAGAAAAGUCUGUGGCUACUAAGUUUGAUUGGAACCAGAAGAAUUAAGGAACAAAAAAAUUAAGUAUACGGGUCGUUCUAAUUGUAUUGUAUUUCAACUUCUAAAUUGUAUCAAAACGCAUUCGUUUGCAUGUAGAAAAGGCAUCACGUGCCUAAAUAUUUUUAAAAUUCAUACCAAAGUUCGAAGACCUAUCGAUGUUUUAGUAAUACGCGAGUAUUAUUAAUAACUCAACAAUGUGGCGGCCACAGAAGCGUUACCAUACUGACUGAUCGUAUUCACUUCGUAUUUAACGGUAACGCAACCGCUCUGACGUGGGGUUAGUGUACGAAAAGACUAACAAAUUUUAUUUAAGACUUUCAACAAGGGUGCGCGAAGAUAUGUAGAGAUGUGUGAUACUCACUGAUUCGCCUUAUAACUUAGACCAUCUGUGGGCGACAACUGAUUUGUUUGAAAACCUUUGAUAUUUGCCGCCACAACAAGAGAUUUAUUGCCUCAUAAUUGUGGUUUUUGUUGUGACUUAUGUAAUAUUUCAUGUCUAAUAUCUAUCUAUUGCAAAUACACUAGUUUUAAACGCGAUCCGCACACGUAUUUACUUAUCCCACAACAUAUCAAAGGUUGCCCAUACCUGACUUACGGCCGUUUUCAAUAACCUAUCUAUCCGCCAUUUCGCUUACUAAAGUUAAGAAAAUCUAUCUUUCUGUUCCUAUCUGCUUUUCAAUAACCUACUGACAGAUAGUUUCACUAUGUAAAGAUAGUUUGACCGUUACUGAUAAUCGAGGAUAGCUAUCUAUCCGUAAUCUUGGAUAGGUUAUUGAAAACGGCCGUUAUACUAUAUGAACAGAAUACAGAAUGAACUAAGUUAUAGAGAUGAAUAUUGGUAGGUUUCACAUUCCUGGCUACAUAUCAUUGCUCAUCCCUGAUGAACGAUCUAAUGAUCCUAAUGUGUGAUGUUAUUUUUCGGUGAAUUUUCUAAUACUCGAGUAUUAGCGAUAUUAUUUAUUUAUACGUUAAGUAGCGAAGUAACUAUUAUUACUAAGUAUUAAUUAUUAUCUGUUUGUGUACAGAAAUAUUACGUAUACACUAUUGUUGAUAUAAGAAAUGUUGAGUGUACAGUCUAGUCACGUCGACCCGAGCUCAGGUCGUGAACACGAGAAUGAGAUUCGAUCAAUUUUUGAAUAAAAUUAUUUAUUUUUAUUUAAUAAUAUAA